AUGAUGUUACUUGAAUCGUCAAGGAUGGCGACUUUCAAAGCUCCCAAGAAAGUUCUUUCAGAGGCGAGUUCUUUCUUUGAAAAGCUGCUGAACAGCGACUUGAAGGAGUCCAAAGAAGGAGUGGUUCGCUUGGAGAUGUUUACCGACUCUGUCAUGAGAAGCACAUCGGAGUUUAUAUACACCGGUUAUAUUCAGAUACUGGAUGAUGAUACCCGAGACUUGGUUAUGAUAGCAGAUUAUUUGUUUCUUCAGAGACUUAACACCUUGGCAGCGCAUAUUCUGAUACUGAAAUUGAAUAUUUCAUAUUGUGUUUCAAUUUUCCAUUUUGCUGAUGAAUAUCACUGCGAGGAACUUGCCUCAAGGGCCAAAACAUUUACCCUUGCAAUUUUCAGCGCAAUGUUCUCUGUGAAUAGUGGAUAUGUUUUGAAAAUGUCCAGCUAUGAGCUAUCAAUGCUGAUUUCAAGCGAUGAGCUACAUGUUAGCAUUUAGGAAGAUGUUUCCCAUGUCAUUCUAGCUUAGCUUAGCUUGGAUUAAUCACGAAAGAAACCAGUGCACAAUAUAUUUCGCCGAAUUAUUUCGUCACGUUAGACUUGUUUGCAUAUCGCGUGACUUUCUUUGUAGUAGUGUCGUGACAAAUGAUUUGGUAAUAGACAUUGAAAACUGUCUGGAACUUGUUGAAAAAGCUCUCUAAUUACUUGAUACUAAGAUUUUCGAUGGUCUUUAGCACAUACCAAGAAAGUCUCUCGAAUCCGCUGCAAUUGUCAAAUUCACAACGGAAGGAAGAUAUCUUAUGUAUUUUCCUCGUGAGGAUCAGGGUGCGAAAAAGAGCCAUUACAGAUGGAAGGUAUCACGAGUAUUUUCUUCUGUCAUGAUAAAAGGUACUGCACGAGGCGAGAGCCGGCCAGAAUUUCCUAUCCUUUGCAUCCAAUGUUUCAAUCCACAUUCGAACACAUGUACGUGGUUACCAUCAUCAGAUGACCUAAAAUUGAGAGAUAUGUUCCUCUAUAAUGAUAAAUUGUAUGCUUUGUUCUUAUUUUGUAAGUGGACGCCUAUUAUUUUCCCCGAGGCAUCUGUUUACCAUUUUAAGAAAAGAAGCGGCUUCUUCAUCACAAAAUAUAACGUAGGUUCCAACUAAUGGGAGGGAAUUUUAUCAGAUGAGCAUUUGGUUGAGAAAGAGCAUUAUUGCUACGAGAGAACUUCGUUUAUUUCAUUGGAGGCACAGAAUCUGAAUGGGGUCACGAGAGGAGGCUCUUGCGAGACGUUGAUAGGUACGAUCACCACAGAAAUCACUGGGAUAAGCUGGCAGACAUUCAAGUAGCGAGAAUGUAGUGCAAUCGAUGUUUUCGAACCAAGCGUUGAAGAACAUAAAUGCAGUGCUUAAAAAGUGGGUUGAUUUAGCUGAGUGAUGUUUAGAAGCAACUACCGGUCUUGCAAACUCAGCUGCAGGUCAAAUUUAAAUCCAUGUUUUAAAAUGGAGACGAAAUUAAAAUUCAAACCUGGAGACUACAAAACCUUUCUUUAGAAAUAUUUAGAAGCCACUAAGAAGUUAGAACGAAAAUAGCGGGGAAGGGAGGGGACCAAGGGUGGUAAAAAUGUUCAAUGCACCUGUCCCUCCCACUAUCAGAAUGAGUCCAACUCAAUUCAUUUGUCUCUUAUUGGAUAAAGACUCGAACCAAUAUUACUGACAGUGAAAUUCAAAUUAAGUGCAGUUAUGAGUCAGCACUGAGUCGCAGAACGACAAAAAAAUUAAUUAUCAAUUCCAAACAAAAAAUGGCAUCGAUUCCUCACACUGUUCUGACAUCUGACAAAGUUAAUCCAGCAGAAGAAAUCUCAAAAGAUGGCCUCUAUCAGCCGUGCGAUGUUACUUUGGUGGUCAAAGAUGGCGAGUUCAAAGCUCACAGAAAAGCUCUUUCGGAGGCGAGUCCAUUCUUUGAAAAGCUGCUGAACAGCGACAUGAAGGAGUGCAAAGAAGGAGUGGUUCGCUUAGAGAUGUUUAGGAAGAUGUGUUUAACAUCAUUCUUGCCUGGAUUCAUCACGCAAAAAGAAAGCGACAGAAUUACUUCGCAGAGUUGUUUCGUCACGUUCGACUACUUCACAUAUCGCGUGACUUUCUGAGCAAUAAUGUCGUGACAAAUGAAUUGGUCAAAGGCAAUAAAGGUUGUCUGGAUCUUGUUCAUAAAGCUAUCGGCACACUUGACUCUAAGAACUUUGACAAUCUCCCAGAUAGUCUCCAUUACACGCCUAGAAAGGUUUUUGAAAGCUCUGUUUUGAUCACUUACAGUCAAAAAUAUUUAAUGUGCUUUUUUCCCCGUGAAAAUAGCUGGUAUACUUUGGGUGACGAGAGGCCUUCAGAAUCGAGAGCUAGCCGAAUUUUUUCCUGCAAUAGUAAGUUGUACAGCACAAGAAUAGGGUCAGUUGAAUACCCACAAGAUAUCUGUAGACUGCAUAUGUCAUGCUACGAUCCCUACUCGAACGCUUGGACCUCGUUACCAGUCUCGGAGGGAAACACAUGUCUUUGGAGGAUAUUUGUCAACAAUAAAGAUGAAAUGUUUGCUUUGUUCUUGGAACGAUGUGGUUGGGAUCAUUAUCGUGUUUGGCGGAUUCGAAAUGGAAGAAGACACUCAAAACGUCUUUUCGGCCGACGAUGUGCCAAGGAAGGAACCGAAGAGAAACAUGUUUCCUUCAUUAUGCGAUAUAAACCUGAAUUACACAAGUGGAAAGAAGUCACAUCUUUCAAUCAUUUGGAUCUGAGACAGCAUUUUACCAUUGUGGCCCAUAACAAUUUCAUUUAUUUCAUAGGCGGAAUAGAAUGGCACGGACGCGAAUGCGAGUUUCUGAAUGAUGUGGACAGGUACGACCUUAACACAGACCAGUGGGAAAAACUAACAAGUCUUCAAAUAGCAAGAAAGCGGGCUAGUGGUGCUGCAGGAAACGGGAAAGUUAUCAUCUCUGGCGGCGUUAAAAGGGGAGCACAAGUGAAUCAGUGUGAAAUUUACGAUGAAGAAACAAAUGAAUGGCACCUCAUCGAAGGCUUCAACGAAGGAUCUUAUCCAAAUAGAAUUAUAAACUUCGUGACUGUCGAUGACGAGGUGUAUGCUUUGAUUGAAAGUGUGAUCACGAAAAUCCAGACAGUAAAACACUACGACUUUGAGAGGAACAGAUGGAGCCCGAACAAACUCCUGACGAGGAUGUCUUCUGUACUGAACGUUUGUUCAAUAAGAAUUUUCAAAGGUUGGCUCGAUAAUUCAAAGUUGAAAAGUUUUGUAUCUGUUACCACUCAGGAUACGCCUCGAUCUUCGACAUCGACAGAAAAUUCUUUAGGUUCAUAGAUACAAUGUCGAUCGACUUACCAAUAUACAGACUUCUCUCGGAACUAAUGCAACGCAGUUGAAUUAUUGACCCCUUAGAUUUUCGACUCUAUGACUUUCCAAGAGGUCUAAAACUGCAAGCAAACAGAUCACUUCGGGAAUUCCCGAUCGUCGUCCAUUCAUGCUCUUCUGGACUAAUUACCAAAAAAACACUUUAGACUCGGCUCCAUGUGACCACUUAGUGUUCUUCUUCCUUUUACGUCCCCACCCCCACCCUGUAAAAAAUAAAAUGAUAGUUAGUGGCUCAUGCUCGUCAUUUCAUGCUCGCACCAAUCAGAUCGCAGCAUCAAGGUAUUGUUGCAUGCAUUAAUCAGAUCGAGGCAUUAGAGAUAGUCUCUUGCACCAAUCAGAUCGUGACAAUAUUUCUUACACAGAAUACGUCUCCUCCUUUUACUUUUUUCCGGCGCCUGCUUCAUUUCUUGCAAGAACUUUUUUAGUUUUUGUCAAAAUUGUAUACAUGAUAGGAGUAUUUAUUUGUUAUUAUCCGACUGCACCAAGCCACAAACCACGCGCGAUUAAAAAAAAUCACUCAUCAGUAACAAUAACUGUUUGUUCAGCUUGUUAUUUUGAACUCUAAAUACUUUAUUCUACUCCAAGAUUCGGGAUAUUAAAAAAAAAUGUUUUUAAUCACAGCUCGAUGGAGAAUACCCUAAGAAGGGUUAACACAGGAUGUAAUUUUUUCUUUGUUGUUUAAAGAGAGACGUCGUCAUCGGAUGAUUUGAAUUUACUUCAAAGCGUUGUUUCCUUUUGCAAUUGCUUUUAAUGCGAAGUCAUAUUAGGGAUCAAGAGCGCUCUUGUUGUAGUGAUUAAAAGCCAAUAUUUCAAUGACAUCUUACUCUGGCAGCCGCAAUGUUGUGUGCAUGGGAUGCUAACUGUCCAUCAAAGAUUUAAUGGACAAUUUGAUUUGAGUCAAACACUUCAAGACACAAAGAGCAAUUAUCCAGAAGAGAAGUUUUCUGACAUAAGGCCAAUCUAAACUCCAAACAAUCAUUUAUUUUUUUUCACUUUUUAACUGAAUCGUAAAGGCAACGGAAAAAGAAGACCGGCCCAAUGAUGCCAUAGCUUGUUUAGCUCUGUGAUGUAAAAUCUCUCAGUACUGCAUGGAUUGGCUUUUGCGACCUCCUCAGUUAGGAGGCAGUAGCGUUUAUUAUAAACUAGUGAUGUAUGUUUUUCUAUCAGCUCAGAACUGCUUUUCUCCAAGAGACCAUGGUCGCCUGAUUUCUCUGUCAAUUUUUUUACUUAGUUUGGUAGCUAAUGACGAUGCAAGGGAAAGAUAAAUUAGCAAUUAUUCAAAUCAUCGAAGACUUUGCUUUGAGAAAGAUCAUCCUAGUCUUAUAGUGGAUUCGGAGAGGCUCUGUGUUGAAAAUGGCAACUAGUGACUUUAUUCUGCUGUUAAGUGGCUAUCAGUUGCUUGCCUUACACCAAUCUGUUGAGUUAUUUCAAUGUACAUCACUCCAAAACGGAAGUUUUCCUUUUCAAAUCAAUCUCUGA